AUGGUUAGUUUUAAUUUUCGCUUUAUCGGUUCUGGCGCUGGAUCGCAUUGCUUCACUCUGGCAGCACUUGUCCCAUGCUCAGAUUUGUUGUACUCAACAUUCUUGCUUGUCCUCGUGAAAUCCAUAUCGACUGUCGAAGGAGAUGCUUUCGAGCGUCUUCUUGAGAACUAUCGAUUGGAGCUAUGCCUCGAUGUGGUCUGA